AUGAACUCUGCUAGUUGGCUACAGGACUUCUUCCUGGGCGAGAAGGUGCAGGAGGAGAAGAUCUUUACAAUAUUCACAGCGACAUACUUUACGCAACAGAGUGCGUUGUUGGGCAGUUGCAGUAUAAAUAAUAGGAAUGGUGGAGCUCCUUAUGGCGAGUCAUCAUCCACUGCCACACCGACCAGCCACGCUUCACACUCUUUGAACAAUGUCAAGGGCGCGCCAUUCAAACUGGAUCAUUCGCCCAGCAUCAAUCAUCACCUCCACCACAAACAGACAUCAUCUGCCAGUGGUGUAGUAGCGCCAACGACUCCAAUGUUGAUUGGCGCAUCAUCAUCGUCAUCAUCACAUUCAUCAUCCAACACGACACCAACAUCAGUGGCACCACAACCUUUGACCAAUGCCCCAGUGGCUUCAUUGGCAAGCGCAUCGCCACGUGAUUCCAGGCCGACGCCACCCCUGCCAUCACAUCCACUGGAGGCAGGCUCAGUACACGCCCUUCUGGGCGACGCCACAGUGACACAAUCACCAUCAUCGUCAUCACAAGCGCGUUUACUACCGCCUCCACCCCCGCAGGCAAUCGAGCAUGCGGAGGAAAAGUCACUGUCGUCCUCAGCAUCAUCCUCGACCUCAUUGUCGUCAUCGGGUGGUGCACACUCAUUGUCGUUCUCCUCCCCCAACAGCCUCCUGCGACCCAGCGACACAUUAUUCUCCAACCAACGCGUGCUGCUCAAGAUCAUCAACACCAAGUAUCCUUCGAUUGAGGUGGUGUCGCUGUUCCAGCGCGAGUACGCUAUGCUCUCCAUCCUGAAUAACAUUGAUGGCGUGAUGCGUGUGAUCCGCGCACAGACUGAACUGGGCAACAUCUUUGCCUUCAUCCUGGAGGACUCGGGCUACAAGCCACUGUCCAGCGUGUUUGUCACACUUGGCCCAACAACACCCACCAGUAGCAGCACGAUUGCGGCCAACCCUGGCGCUGCGACAGCGGGACAUAUACAACAGCAGCAACAGCUUCAACUACAACAACUACAGCAACAACAACAAUUCUCACUCUCCUCGCCACAGACCACGUCGUCCUCGCCCAUCCACCGACAGACGACUCCACAGUCCUCUAGUCCGCUGUUCAACUCCAACCUGAAGCAUCAAGAGAUCGACAUUGCCACAUUCCUCAACAUCGCCAUCCAGCUGGCGGCCACACUCGAGGAGAUACAUCUGCGUGGAUGUAUCCAUCGAGAUAUCCGCCCGCCAAACGUGUACAUCAACUCCAACAACAACGUCCGUCUGGCCAACUUCCAGUUCUCGGUGCUCAAAGCGACGAGCCAUUGCCAGGCGCUGGACAACUCACUGUUCUACCUCAAAAACUUCCCCGACAUUGGCCGAUACUGUACGACGUCCUACUACUACUCGUCUCCCGAGGAGACGGGCCGCACGCAGCACAACGUCGACUCGCGGUCCGACCUAUAUUCACUGGGCGUCACAUUCUACGAGCUGCUGACGGGCCGACUGCCCUUCCAGACCAACGAUCUGUCCGAGCUGAUACAUGCACAUCUCGCCAAGAAGGCGCCCUACGUAUCGGACAUCAAUCAGAACGUGCCAAUCAUUAUAUCAAACAUUGUCGACAAGCUGCUGAAGAAAUCACCUGACGAUCGAUACAGCAGCGCGUAUGGACUGAAACGCGAUCUCGAGAUAUGCAAGUUCCAGCUUGGCUCCAACUGCACAUUCGAAGACUUUACCCUAGGCGUGUACGAUGUACUCCAUCGUCCACAUAUCCCUACUGAGCUGUACUCUAGGAAGAAUGAGCUCAAUCAGAUUUUUGCAUCGAUCAAUAGAGUGUACAAAGGAAAUAAGGAAUUGAUAUUGGUGUCUGGCGUGUCUGGCGUUGGAAAGACGUCGUUGAUUAAGGCUGCCAAGAAGAAGGCUCAACCAGGGCCUAGAUUCAUCUCUGGCAAGUUUGAUCAGUACAAUAGAGGUGUGCCCUACAGUGCCAUCAUCGAAGCAUUGACCGAGCUGAUACAUUUGGUACUCGUGCUCAGUCCCGUUGAGCUGGCGUUCUACAAGGAGAAGCUGCACCGCGCACUUGGUCCCAACAUUGGUGUCAUUGUCAAUGUGAUGCCCAUUCUCGAGUUGAUCGUUGGGCAAUGUCCGCCUGUACCUCCCCUGCCGCCCUCCGAGUCACAGAACAGGUUCGACCUUGUGUUCAAAGACUUCCUCAGGGUGUUCUCCGAAGAAGGACAUCCCCUCAUACUAUUCUUGGACGACCUUCAGCGUGCAGACGAAGCAUCGUACAGACUGAUAAAGAUACUGCUGGACAAUAACAAUAUCAAGUAUCUGUUGAUUAUUGGAGCGUUUAGAGAGAAUGAAUCGGAGAAUGGCCUGCGGAUGAUUGAGGCCCUGGUCAACGAUGAGUCAUUGCAGAUACCAAUCACUAAGAUCAGUUUGAAGGCUUUGGACCUGAAGGAUGUCAACCUGAUGGUCUCGGCAUCACUUCACAAGAGCCCCGCCGAGACGAUCUCGCUCUCUGAGGUCGUCCUAUCCAAGACGCAUGGCAAUCCAUUCUUCACGAUCCAGUUCCUCAAGACACUGUUCAACGAGGAGUUGCUGCACUUUGAUGUGACGGUCGACAGCUGGAAAUGGGACAUUGCCAAGAUCCAGACGCGUCAGUACACUGACAAUGUCGUCGAGUUCAUGGUCAGCAAUCUGCAGCAGCUCAGUGUGCACUCACAGCGUGUGCUCCAGCUGGCGUCGUGCAUUGGCAACAACUUUGAUCUGGACAUGCUGUCAGUCGUGGCCGAGUGUCCCAAUGAUGAGAUCCUCAAGUUCCUCACGCCCAUCAUUGCACAGGACCUCAUCAUAAGUACCGAAGACAAGAAGUACCGAUUUGCCCAUGAUCGCGUACAACAGGCCGCCUACUCUCUGGUGCUGCAGGGCAAGGACAAGAAGGAGAUCCAUCUCAACAUUGGCCGUCUGCUCUAUCAGAACUCGCUCAAGGAUCAGACGCAGUCGGUGUUUGACAUUGUCAACCAGUACAACGUGGGCAUCGACCUGAUCACCGACCCGAAGGAGAAGCUGAUCCUGCCCAUGCUCAACUACAUUGCCGGCAAGAAAGCCAAGUCAUCGGCAGCCUACUCCGUGGCCAAGAGCUACCUGGACUGUGCUGUCAAGACCCUGCCGCUGGAGACAUGUUGGCGCGACCACUACCGAACGUCGUACAACAUCUUCUUUGAGAAAGCCGAGUGUGAGUUUAUGUGUGGCAACAACGACGAGUCAGAGAAGAUGCUGGAGAUGGUCAUCGAGAACUCAGUGACCGUCGAGGACAUUGGAGAAGCCACCGCACUCAAGAUCCAGCAGUACACAUUAUUGUCCAAGUUUGACGCCUGUGUCGAGUGUGGCCUCAGGUACUUGGACAGCCAGAACAUAGUGAUCGAUCGCAAGCCCACCGACGAGAGCCUGCGUCUUGAGUACGAGCUACUAAAGCGCAAGCUUGGCAAUCGUUCUUUCCUCGACCUGCUCAAGUCCAAGAAAGUGCCACCACCCACCAUCUGUGUAUCGCUCAAGGUCAUUGGCAACAUGAUUGCACCUCUCUUCUUCACCAACAUUGGUCUACUCAGCUCGAUGUUGCUCAAAAUGGCCGACAUCUCCCUGGAGAGCGGAUGUUCUUCGUGGAGUUCGGUCGGCCUGGUCAUGUUUGGAGUGAUGGUGUGCAUUGGCCGCUUCGACGACUUCCACGUCGGCUAUGAAGUGGGUCGCCUGGCAAUGGAACUCAAGGAGCUGCACAACGAACCGUCUACCAAGGGCAAGGUCACUUUACUGUUUGGCAACUUUAUCAAUCACUGGCGCGCACACAUGUUCACCAAUUCGGCUUUGAUCAAACUGUCCUUCCUCGAGUCUAUCGAAUCUGGUGACAUGGGCUAUGGCUGCUACAGCAGCGUCCACUUGCUCUUCCAAUCAAUACUGAGUGGCGUGCCCCUCAUGGACAUCUGCGCGCUCUGCAAGAAGUACAAGUCAUUCAUUGAGCAGUACCAGUUCAUCCCCAUGCUCAGGAUUGCGCAGUCCCUUCAACAACUGCUGCGAGAGUUCACCGGACACGACAGCUUGGACGAGAACGAGAAGGAGUGGGACCAGGAGGCAUUCGAGACCGACCUGGACACUAUUCAAAUCGAGUGUCCCAAAGCUUUCCACUAUGUAUUCCAGAUGAUCGGUGCCUAUAUAAUGGGCCAGUAUGAGAAGGCUUGGAGAGCGACACUGAUGACAGAGCGAUACAUCAUGGGUAUCUACGCGCACAGUCCAAUGGCGUCGUACUACACAUUCAAGUGUUUGAUCAUUUUGGCCAUGUUUGAAAGCUACAGUGAGCAGGAACGAGUCACCAAGCUGGAGAUGGUCGCGCACUGUCUUGAACGCCUGGAGGUGUUCGCCAAUCACAGCUUUGAGAACUUUGGUGUCAUGGUGCUGCUGGUCAAGGCCGAGCUGGCUCGCGUGUCCAACCGAUUCAACGACGCCAUGGAGCUGUUCAACGAAGCCGCUUCUGCCGCACAGACCCACAAGUACGUCCAGUACGAGGCUUUGUCCAACGAGCUGGCCGGCAGGAUGUACAGCCGUCUCCAAAAGACCGCAGUGACCCGUGCCUACAUCAUGGAGGCUCAGCUAUGUUAUUCAAUGUGGGGAGCCACUGUCAAGGCUAACCUGCUCGAACUUGAGUUCCCCUCAGUCUUUGGCCAGAUGUCUGGACGCACGCCCAUCACUCAGAGCAAGCAAUCAAUCAAUGACACCCCCAACUUUGAACCGCGUCUCUCCAUCCGACGACGCUCCCAAGACAGCGCGGGCACUGGCAAAACGCUGAUCAAGUACCCCCACAUCGACUCAUUCGACCUUUGUUCAGUAAUCACCGUAUCACACUCACUGGCCGAGGAGAUCUACUAUGACCGUCUGUUGAAGCGACUCAUGAAGGUUGUGAUUAGGAAUGCUGGCGCAUCACGUGGCUUCCUGCUCCUCCUGGAAGACAGCAACAAGGAGCUGUUCCCCAAUAGCACCAAUGUAUUUGGUGAGCUCAAUGUGGCGGCGUCUGCCUGCGUCACUGGUGAGAAGGUCAUAGUGGAGGUGUACAUCAAUUCGAAUCGCACAGCCGAUGGAAGCAGCGUGAUGAUGAGCCCACCAGACACCCCCACUGUCAGUCCCAUCCUCCGCAAUACAUCGGGCGUUCCCAUGAACGAGCAGUUGAACAAGGCGAUAAAGGAGGAUGGCACAUGGAACUUGUGUGUGUCCAUGAUCAACUAUGUGCGCAGGACACAGAGUCCCCUGCUGAUAUCCAACGCCUCUGACGACAAGACCUUCUCAGAGGACAGCUACGUCAUGCAACAGAAGCCCAAGUCCGUGCUAGUACUGCCCAUCGUGCAUCAGGGCAAGCUAGUGUCGGUUCUCUACCUGGAGAACAACUUCACAACUGGCGCAUUCACGUCCAACCGUCUCGAGGUGAUGAACCUACUGUCCACUCAGAUCGCCGUCAGUUUCCAGAAUGCCCGACUCUUCCUGCAGUCCAAUCAUCUUGCCAACCAAGCCUUCCUUGCCAAGGAGGAGGCAGAGAAGGCCAACAAGGCCAAGUCAGACUUCAUCUCCAACAUGUCCCACGAGAUGCGCACCCCACUCAAUCACAUCAUUGGCGCAUUGGAGUUGCUCAAAGAGUUCCCGCACACCAACGAUCAGAAGGAGCUUCUAAACAUCAGUCAACAAUCAUCCGAGUCAUUGUUGUUCAUGGUCAACAACAUAUUGGACCUGUCCAAGGUUGAGCAGGGCAAGACUGUGCUCAACUUUUCAAUCUUCAACCUCGUGUCCUUCCUAGAGGACUCUAUCGGUGCCAUCGCCCCCAAUGCCCAUCAGAAGGGUCUGAUGGUUGGAUUGUUCAUCACGCCAAGCACCUCGUUUAUCCCAGUCGUUGGUGACAUGAACCUUCUGCGCCAGAUCCUCGUCAACCUGUUGUCCAACGCCAUCAAGUUCACGUCCAAGGGUGAGGUGUUUAUCAACCUCAUCGUCACACCCAACGCCACUGGCACUGCAUACUCCACAACGAUCGAAGUGACUGAUUCGGGCAUUGGCAUCAAGCAACGUGACUUUGAGAAGCUCUUCCAGCGAUUCUCUCAGAUUGACACGGGCGCCAAUCGCGCGUACGAUGGAACAGGUCUCGGCCUUAGUAUCUGCAAGCAGCUCGUCGAGUUGAUGAAUGGCAAGAUUGGCAUUCGUAGCAAGAUUGGUGAGGGCUCUGUCUUCCAUUUCAGCCUCGACCUCUCCAAGACCAAGGAGGACAUCUCACCCAACCAGGAGCUCAGUAAGCAUAAUGCCACCUAUGGAGCCAUCAUUCUUGAGGACAACAGGAUGAUCAAGACACAGCUGGAGCAGACUAUCGAGUCCUUUGGUAUUGGCUACCAGUCCACAUCAUUUAGCAACACCAGCCUGGCCAUCUAUCUAGAGGAGGUCGCGCUACAGGAGAACAACAUUGUCAUCAUUGGACUGCCUCUAAACUACAAGGAGGACCAUGUUCUCAACAUCAUUGACACCAUACAGCACAUCAAGGCAAAGAAGCAACAGGGCAACAAUGGCAAGAAGCAUAGGUUCGACUUCAUUGUGAUCACGCAGCUCUGUCUUACCACCUCGCGCUCCAUCCUUCACGAAGCUGGUGUGCUCCUGGUGAACAGACCAAUUAAGCGAUCCAGCUUGCUCAGCAGCAUUCGAAAGAUCAUCGACAGCCACUUUGACGACACAAUUCUCCAGAGCAAGUAUGUUAUCUCGCCAAUCUUCCCCUCCCACGUGUGCUCGCCGCCACCCUCGUUCAUUGCCGAGAUACGCAACCUCAAGGUAGACGAAUCAAUGAUGAUGCGCUGUCAACAAAAGGAGGAGAAGGAGAAGCUGGGCACCUACGCACGCACUACUCUCUGUGUCGACUCUGUCACCCAACUCAGUGUCGCCCAAGCACACACCAAAGAUGCAGGCCUCCAAACGAUUGCCGAGCGUGUUGGUCAUCGAAGACAAUGA